AUUUUGAAAAGCACAAGCGGAUGUUGUCGACUAAUUGGUCAGCUUCGCGACGCGUUUCGAGCUGUAUACAACAACGGUUUCGAGAGCCAUACUAAUUUAGAAGGAUAUAUGUUAUUGUAAAGACUGCCUCGCUAUUAUUAAAGGAGCUUCAUCUUAAUAAAUUCCAAUGCAAUGGCAAAUACAGUAACUUUUCAGACGCAAAUCGCUUCAGUCAUGGAAGUGCUCGCAAACGCCGCUGUUGCAGAAAUAUGCAAACUUGUUGAGGACAGCUAUACCGAAUUACAGCUUGAAAUAUGCCAAACACAGAAGGAGAACAACCUCCUUAAAAAUAAAAUCAAAAUGAUAGAAAUCCGGGAUUCGUUUCAUCGAAGAGCGCACAAACUAAGAAACGAAUCAACUGCUUUGACAAAAAUAGGAGGUCACGAAAAAGAAUCAGGUCGAAUUAGUGUGAAAAUCGCUUCGCUGUCUAAUGAGGAUGAUGAUGAUGAAACAGCUUGCUCUCGUGAAGUCUCGCGUCUUCAACCCGAAACACUAGACCAGUCUGUAGAGAUUGACGAGCCAGACAUUCUCCGUAUUAAAGAGGAGAGACCUGACAAUGAGAGGUGUGAGCAGUCAGAAAGAGAAACCGAGACUACUGAAAAUCAUAAAGAUGACAGCCAGUACAGGAGUGCAGGAGUCUCUGUAACAGUCUGCAGAGAUAACUUCAUAGACCAGAACACAGUCCAGCAUUGCCAGCAAGAAUCUGUAGAAGAUGACGAGCCUGAUUGUCUCAUUAUUAAAGAGGAGAGACCUGACAACAUGAGGUGUGAACAGUCAGAAAGAGAGAUCGAGACAACUGAAAACCAAGACACACAGUAUGGUGCAGGAGUUUUUGUAACCGUCCAUAGAGAUAACUUCAUAGAUCAGGACACGGUCCAGCACUGCCAUCAAGAGUCCAAUGGGAUGCUACCUGAUCACCUUAAGGACGAAACCCCAGAAACGAAGGAUAUAGGGGGACUUUGUGAUGGAGACUCAGAGACUAACCUGCAGCCUGUGCCUUCUUACCCCUCAUGGGUUUCCACGAGAUUUGACUCAACCACAAAUCAUCCCUCCUAUUCUGAAUCUGAAUGCAAUGGAGGACCUUCUGUGAAUCAGUACUUGAUGUACAGAGGCAGCGCAGAUCCCAUGUGUUCCUACGCAACUCCAAUAGACUCUAAUGGCUUGUCUAUGCUUGAUAUAGAAGGUCAUUUAACACACAGUGAUGAAGGUAACAACAUUUCUCGAUCCGACCGGUCCCGUUUCACACCAAACUUUUCUAUCAAACAUUCAGACUCUCCUCAGAUACAAAGGAAAGACAAGUUUGUAUGUAAACAUUGUGGAAAAGCGUUCUCUCAACUUAGCACUCUCCUCUUGCAUCAAAAAAUUCAUAACAGGGAGAAGGUUCACCACUGUACACUCUGUGGAAAGCGAUUUAGUCAGGCGUCUGGUCUCAAAAGACACCAUAGCAUCCACAGAGGAGAAAAACCGUUCAGAUGCGUGCACUGUGGCAAGCAGUUCGCAGAUCAAAGUAACCUCAGAAAACAUGUGACUGUUCACACGGGUGAAAAGCCUUAUGGUUGUAACCUUUGUGGGAAAAUGUUCAACCAGUCUUCAAACCUAAAAACACAUAUGAUGAUCCACACACAUGAGAAGCCUUUUGGUUGUGAUCGAUGUGGGCGAAUGUUUGCACACAAAUAUAUUUUGGUGAAACACCAACAGAGAAUCUGUGUGUCUGCUGGACAACUCUAG